GUUGGUACAACUUGUCAAGCCACUAGCAGAAAAUGAGAAAUUCGGGCGAACGGAACGAUAUCAAUAGAGUCAUGUACUCCCCCAAAUUAUAGGACUCUAACGUCACUUCAUCACUGAUUCUUUAUGCUCCAUGGCCAAAAUCGUCUCGUUCAAGAUGAAAAACAUCAUACUACGCCCAUUAUGCGUUCAAAAUCCAACUUGUUCUGCUGUGAAAGCAUUGGUGUGCUCAAUGUCUAGUUCUGCGAACUCUGAUGCCCCAUUGAAAUCAACAACGCCUGCUUUGCCACCGAAAACGUCUCCUGUCGCUACCCUCACUGUCUCUGGCAAACAAUUUGAAAAAGACUCAUACACCAACAUUACUCCUACCAUAAUUAAGCAGAUGUCAAGAAAACUUCAUCAACAAAAAUGUCAUCCUAUUUAUCUGAUCAAAGAACGCAUAGUUAGUUACUUUUAUAAAAAGUAUAUUGGGCGCACUGGCAACCCAGUAUUUUCAGUGUAUGACAACCUAGACCCAAUUGUCACAACUCAUCAAAAUUUUGACUCUUUGCUUGUGCCACAUAAUCAUUCUAGCCGUCUGAAAAGUGACUCAUACUAUCUCAAUUCAAACUACAUGUUGCGUGCUCAUACCACAGCUCAUCAGUCUGAUCUAAUUGCAUCGGGACUUGAUAACUUUCUGAUUGUGGGUGAUGUUUACCGCCGUGAUACAGUCGAUUCUACUCACUAUCCUGUGUUCCAUCAAUGUGAUGCUGUUCGACUUCAGACUCAACAUGAGUUGUUUCCAGAAGAAUAUGGAUUGAAUGUCUUUGAAAAGAAGCCAGAUAGGAGAACGGAUGACAAACAGGCAGAGCACACCGUAGAUGCUGUGAGAAUACUUUCUUAUCAAUUGAAAACAACUCUUCAGGACCUAGCAAAAGCUCUCUUUGGUCAAGAUGUUGAAUAUCGCUGGGUUGAAGCUUAUUUCCCAUUUACUCAUCCGUCCUGGGAAUUAGAAAUCAAGCAUAAUGGAGAGUGGCUUGAACUGCUUGGUUGUGGCAUUAUGGAACAUCAAAUAGUUGCCAAAGCUGGUGCAGGAGACAGAAUUGGUUGGGCAUUUGGCCUUGGAUUGGAGAGAGUUGCUAUGCGAGUGUAUGAUAUACCAGAUAUUCGACUAUUUUGGAGCACUGAUCCUUCUUUCACAAAACAGUUUACUGUUGAUGACCCUCACACUCCCAUUAAGUACCAGCCUGUUAGUGUGUAUCCCAUUUGCGUCAAUGAUAUCAGCUUCUGGAUUCCACCUGAGGGUGAAUUUAAUUCAAAUGACUUCUUUGAUAUUGUGCGAUCUGUAGGUGGAGACAUGAUAGAAGAGGUAUCACUUGUUGAUCAAUUUCUACACCCCAAGAAAAUGAUGAAGAGCCACUGCUAUCGCAUUACUUACAGGCACAUGGAGCGCACCCUGACAAAGAAUGAGGUGAACAAAGUGCAUAAUGAGAUUGGGUGUAAAGCCGUUGAAGCUCUUGGUGUUGAUCUAAGGGUAAAAUAAAAAAAAUAAGACAAUUACCAAUAUUUUUGUAUUCUAUGAAUACUUUAAAGAUGAUUUUAUUUUUAAAAUUAGGUAUUUAUUCUGUAAUAGAAUAGAACAAUGUCCAUAUUUUUAUUUCUACUGUAGUGUUCUGAAUUUAAGCCCAAUCCCCAACAUUUAGAGACCCCAAAUGAGGGUGGUGGGGAUGGAGCUUACAUUCAGACUGAUGUGGUAGUUGGUGAUAAAAACAAGGCACUUGCAAGUAAUUGUUGAUUAAGUUAAAGUUCUCAGACAUAAAAAUAUAGCAACAGCGUUUUGUAACAUA